UGCGGUGAAGUAAUCGGAUUAGCGUCAACAAAGACCCGCAAGGAAUAAGUUCAAAUAAUUAGUGUUUUAGAGUGAUAAAGAAAUAUCUUGGCACGUGGCUAGCCGACAGGUUUCAACCCUUAACCUAAAAUGUUAAUUAAGAGUAGUGUAAUGGCAUAUAAGUGUCUGGAAGAAUGUUAAAUAUGACAUCUUGAAAGGUUUUGUUAGCACAUAUUUGUUUUUCUCGUACUGGCCAGAAGAUAGACGUCGUAGUACGAUGAAUUAUUUACAGAACUAGUUAAAACAGUGAAAUCGUCAUGUGAAACACGCCACUGCUUUGAAGAUUAACUCUAGUGAUGUUCUAGAAUUAAAAUGCUGUGCCUCCAUAAUGAAACAAAAACAUGUUUUUAAAAGUGUAUAUCAAACUCAAAUAGAAAUUUUGAUAAUCUUGCCGUCAGUAGCUGCAUGAAAUAGUGUCAUCUAAUAAAUCUAAGUGGCAUCUGUCACUUUACCAAACAGCAUGGCUGAUUGCUAUGAUGUGGAUGUGGAACGCACUGAUGAACCGCGUGCAUCAACUUCCAACCUACCUUUUGGAAUGGGAGCUUAUGGUAAACCACAUGGCCCACCUAAUCCUGUUGCCAUGUUUUAUCCUCAGCUCUCUGGUUAUGAGAUACACCCUCUGAUAAUAAACCAGCGGCGAAGGGUAGCUCAUGAAAAACUGCAAUCUGAAAGUGGUACAACAGAUUCAGAUGCUACUGCAUUAGGCUUAGUAACAACUCCAGUGCACAAGGAAUUAAUGCGACAGAGCUUUAAACAGAAGCAGAGGUCUCCAAAAAGAAGAAAUGCUAGUAGUGAUGACCAAGAUCUUUCUGCAGCAUCUGGGAACAGUUUUCCCCAGAGUGUUGCAGAUGUUGAAACUGAAGCUUCAGACUACUCGGCCAAAUCUCGGAAAUCUUUCUUCUGCAGGGCAUGUGGCAAAGCUUUCAAGUUUCAGACGUCACUAUUGCGGCACAAUAACAAAGUUCACAUCAGCAAAUACCAGUGUCCAACUUGCAGCCGUGUUUUCUCCCGACAAGCAUACCUUGAUGUACACACCUCAAAACAAGGAAGCUCCUGUUACCUCGGUACAGGUUUUGCCAGUACCUCAGUUGCCAAUUCCCCAAAAUCUGACUCAAGUUCAAAUAUAUCUAACAUUAAAUGAGAUCAUAAAGUGAGUCUUAAACUACUACAAAGUUAAACCAAAAGUAAGAUGGCUGAUGUGUGAGUACUGUGGAUGUUAAUAGAAUAUACUUACAGUUUAUGAGCUGUGAAUUUUAUUAUGAGAACAGUUCCAGACCCAGAAGAGGAUAUAAUGUGUAAAUACAUGCUUUAUUACUUCAGAAGCGAAAACCAUAGUGUAUAGUAGCAUGAAAGAGGAGUAAUACUUACCAGUGGAUGUAUUUAUUCAUACUCAUUAGUUGUUGCUUUAUUAAGCAAUUUACCAUUUUAGUCUUCCCCUAUCUGUAUACUAAAUAUAAACACUAUUGUGUGGUAGGAAUAGACAGUCUGAUGAAAACAUUAGUAUGACAGGAAAGUUUUUUUUUUUCCCACACACUUGUGAAAGAGUAUAUUUUAUAUGUGCCUAGAUUAUUUCUUGUAAUUCACCUUUUACACUUGCCAUGAUAAUUUUAUUACAGAUUUACUAGAAUAUCCAUUUCAGCUUGUCAGCCAUGUCAUCCAUUACUAUAAAUGGUAGAUUUAUCAGUUACAGGAAAUAAUCUUGAUGAUACACACCGCUAUGAAUUCACUUAAGAUGAACAUGCCUAGUUACAUAAUUCUUUCAAGAAAGAAUCAGUCUUAGUGGAUUCUUUUAAAAUAAAUUUUCUGCAUACGC